AUGUCGCCCUGCCAUUCUCUCUCUCUGUCCCCCUCCCUUGCUCUUUAUCCUUCUCCGCCUCCCUUGCUCUCUCUCUCUCUGCCCCCCUCCCCUGCUCUUUAUCCUUCUUCGCCUCCCUUGCUCUCUCUCUAUCUCUGUCCCCCUCCCCUGCUCUUUAUCCUUCUCUGCCUCCCUUGCUCUCUCUCUCUCUCUGUCCCCCUCCCUUGCUCUUUAUCCUUCUCCGCCUCCCUUGCUCUCUCUCUAUCUCUGUCCCCCUCCCUUGCUCUUUAUCCUUCUCCGCCUCCCUUGCUCUCUCUAUCUCUGUCCCCCUCCCCUGCUCUUUUUCCUUCUCCGCCUCCCUUGCUCUCUCUCGCUGUCCCCCUCCCUUGCUCUCUCUCGCUGUCCCCCUCCCCUGCUCUCUAUCCUUCUCCGCCUCCCUUGCUCUCUCUCUCUCUCUCUCCUUCUCCGCCUCCCUUGCUCUCUCUAUCUCUGUCCCCCUCCCCUGCUCUUUAUCCUUCUCCGCCUCCCUUGCUCUCUCUCUGUCCCCCUCCCAAGAUCUGCACCAUGAGCUCUUUCUCACUCUCAUUUUCUUACCCUUGCGCUCUCUCUCUCUCUCUCUUUAUCAUUCCAGCACCCUCCAGAUUCGUCAAGGUAUUCCAACCCGUUUGCGCUCCUCCUCAACCCCUUUCUCUCUGCCCCAUCUGCAAUCACACUGCCCCAUUUGCAAGAACGCUGCCCCAUCUGCAAUCACACUGCCCCAUCUGCAAUCACGCUGCCCCAUCUGCAAUUACGCUGCCCCAUCUGCAACCACACUGCCCCAUCUGCAACCACGCUGCCCCAUCUGCAAUCACUCUGCCCCAUCAGCAUUCUCUCUGA